CGCUCGGGCCGCGGGAUCCGGCGUCUCGAACUGCGUCGUCUCGGCCGGGGGUUCGCGGGCGCCCGGAUGCCGAACCCGCCGCUGCUGGUGCUCUUCGGCAGCCAGACCGGCACGGCUCAGGAUGUGUCGGAGAGGCUGGGCCGCGAGGCCCGGCGCCGGCGGCUCGGCUGCCGCGUGCAGGCCCUGGACUCCUACUCCGUGGUGAAUCUGAUUAACGAACCCCUAGUGAUAUUUGUUUGUGCAACCACAGGCCAAGGAGACCCCCCUGACAACAUGAAGAACUUCUGGAGAUUCAUAUUCCGGAAGAACCUGCCCUCCACCUCCCUAUGUCAGAUGGACUUUGCCGUCCUGGGCCUCGGAGACUCCUCAUAUGCCAAGUUCAACUUCGUGGCCAAGAAGCUGCACCGGCGGCUGCUGCAGCUCGGGGCCAACGCCCUCCUGCCUGCAUGCCUGGGCGAUGACCAGCAUGAGCUAGGGCCUGAUGCCGCCAUCGACCCCUGGCUGCAAGACUUGUGGGAGAAGGUGCGGAGGCUGUACCCAACGCCUGUUGACCUCCCUGUGAUUCCCCCCGGAGUCCCCUUGCCUCCCAAGUUCACCCUGCAGUUCCUCCAGGAGGCCCCCAGUGCAUCCUCUGAGGAACCGCAUGGGGCCAACCCAGACCCUCAGGGACCCCCAUCAGCGCUGCAGCCCUUCCUGGCACCCAUGGUUGCCAACCAGAGGGUCACUGGCCCCUCGCAUUUCCAGGAUGUUCGGCUGAUUGAGUUCGACAUCACAGGCUCCAGCCUCAGCUUUGCUGCCGGCGAUGUGGUGCUAAUUCAGCCCUCAAACUCAGCUGGCCACGUCCAGAAGUUCUGCCAACUGCUGGGCCUGGACCCUGACCAGUGCUUUGUGCUGCAGCCACGGGAGCCAGGUGUCUCCUGCCCCUCAAGGCUGCCCCAGCCCUGCUCUGUGCGGCACCUCGUGUCCCAGUACCUGGACAUUGCCAGUGUGCCCCGCCGCUCCUUCUUUGAGCUCCUGGCCUGUCUCUCUCCCCAUGAGCUGGAGCGGGAGAAGCUGCUGGAAUUCAGCUCUGCCCAAGGCCAGGAGGAGCUCUGUGAGUACUGCAGCCGGCCCCGCAGGAGCAUCCUGGAGGUGCUGUGUGACUUCCCGCACACUGCUGGCGCCAUCCCCCCAGACUACCUGUUGGACCUCAUCCCUGCAAUCCGGCCGCGGGCCUUCUCCAUCGCCUCCUCUCUGCUGGCAUGCCCCUCGCGACUGCAGAUCCUCGUGGCUGUGGUGCAGUACCAGACUCGCCUCAAGGAGCCCCGCCGGGGCCUCUGCUCCUCCUGGUUGGCAUCCCUGGCUCCUGGGCAAGGAAGACCUGUCCGGGUGCCCCUAUGGGUGCAGCCUGGGGGUCUGGCCUUCCCAGAGACGCUGAACACACCUGUGAUCAUGGUGGGGCCUGGCACUGGCGUGGCCCCCUUCCAUGCAGCCAUCCAAGAGCGCGUGGCCCAGGGUCAGACGGGAAACUUUUUGUUUUUUGGCUGCCGCCGGCGGGACCAGGACUUCUACUGGGAGGCUGAGUGGCGGGACCUGGAGAAAAGGGGCUGCCUGACCCUUGUCACAGCCUUCUCCCAGGAACAGGACCAGAAGGUGUAUGUGCAGCACCGGCUCCAGGAGCACGGGCCACUUGUGUGGGAGCUGCUGGACCGACAGGGUGCCUACUUCUACCUGGCAGGAAAUGCUAAGUACAUGCCAGCAGACGUCUCGGAAGCCCUGACCUCCAUCUUCCAGGAGGAGGGUGGGCUCUCUGGCCCUGAUGCGGCCACCUACCUUGCCAGACUCCAGCGGACACUGCGCUUCCAGACUGAGACAUGGGCGUGAGGAGCCACCCUACUGGCCCUACGCCCACCCUGACAGCUGCUCUCCUGGGGGGGGACCCCAAAGAAGGAAGUCCAGAGGGAAGCUCCUGGCAGAGGGCCAUCGUCGUCACCUCCUGGCUCUGUCUGACCUCAGAAUCCUCAUCAGAGCAGGGGUGGGACUUCCAGGCCCUGGCUGGUUGGGAGAACAGCCAGCUCCCUGCACACAGCACACGCGAGUGACCCCUGACCCCACUGCAGCCUCCGCCAGCUGGCUGUCCCUCAGCUUGUCCAGCCCCUCCCCAUCCCUACCCAGCCCUGCCACACAGCUCUGUUUCCCCUUCCCCCCAGCUGCUGGUCGGGGGGGUGCCCUGGGCUGUGCCAUUCCACACUGGUGCAGUGACCCAGGAAGGCACUGCAGCCUGAUGGGUACCAGGGGCCUGCUGAUCCCAAGGUGGCACAGGGUCCCUGUGAGGGCCGCACGGCCCCCUUGUCUGUUGGGGGAUUCCCAGACACUCCCACUGUUGCCUGCAGGGACCCUGGUGUCCUGAGGAGCAUGGGAUGAGGCCCAGCCGGUGCAGCGCCUUCCCCUCGUGGUCCCGGAAAAGCCUUGGCAAUAAAUUGUGGCCUCUGGGUG